UUCCACUUAACAAUUUCAAAAUGUUGAAUUGUAUUGAUUAUUUCUCCCUCCUGUAAUAUCGAACGGCCUCACACAACAACUGAUUUUUUUUUUAAAAAAAAAAUUAAAAGCCCGUACACGAUAGGGGAACCGUUGGUGUUUGGAGGUAUGUAGCUUGUAGAGAUGUUUUAACUCUCAGGUCCAUCCAUUGAACCCGGCGCAAUGUCGUCGGCAGCCAUAUCGGCUCAGCCGAUUCCUAGUCUACUGACAAUAAUCAUUACCACAUCACCAACACCUUCUGCGCCGUCCACGGAACUGGUAUCGACCAUCUUAUCGUCUUUUCGCAACCAUUGUACAGCAUUGCUACUCUGUCGGGUGAUAGUUGUUUUUGAUACUUAUGACCGCAUUGCGUCUCAUGCGAGGUUGAAGAAAGGGCAAGUUACUACCGAAGGGGCUAAAACCUUUGAAUUAUACAAGAAAAACGUUACGGAGCUGGUUCUCAGGGAAUUUGCCCCUCAUGACAACGAAAGAAUUAUAUCUUACGACCAAGGCAAAGCCGAAUUUGGCUAUGCCGGUGUCGACAGUAACUUCGUCCCUUUCUCCAUCAGUCGGACGGUAGACAAACGGAUUACGUUUGUAGCGCCGUCGAAACGCUUGGGGUUUGGGUUGGCUGUACGAUCUGCUUUAAGGCUAAUCGAGACGCCCUUUGUCUGGGUGCAGCAGCAUGACUGGUCACUGGUUUCGGAUAUUCCUUUACAGUCGCUGCUCAAUGUCAUGCGGGCGACUCAAGAUGACGAAAGGUCACCAGUCAAAUACAUCUGUCUUCCAUCAAUACGUCUUCUUUCCUAUGCGGACUCGGCCCAUGUUGUACGUUUUCCCGAGCUGAGAGGCCUUACUUCGGAUCUUAAGCAGGAAUUCGUAACAGAAUCCGGUGAAAGCCUCCCUUUAACCCCGAUGUUCUUCUGGCACGACAAACCACAUUUGGCGUCCACUCAGCACUAUUUAUCCCGCAUCUUCCCGUCGAGGCUCUCCAUUCCCCGAGGCGCCUUCAUCGAGGAUACCGUUGGACAGCGGGCGAGAAAUCAGAUGAAGCAAGGCGAUUGGCUGAAGUGGGCUACUUGGCUCUACUAUCCAGAGAAUGGGCAAAGACUGUGUUUGCGACACCUCCAGGGGCGGACUUGGGAAGGUUCGGAAAAGGAAUUGGCGAAAAAGGCGAUAUGGAGGGAUCAAAACGCAGAAAAGGUGCAUAAAUCCAGUGAAUGACUAGGUACCAAGUGAGCUUGCACUGGCAGUCUUGCAGCAGCUUGGCUUGUCUUUCGAUUAGGGGUUUCCUCCGAGUUGUG